GUGGCGUGCACAUACCAAUUUUCAUUUUUUUCAAAAAUUUUCAUUUUGACUGAAGUCAAUCGAUUUAAGUCUAUUGGAUAUAUUCGAUAGUCAAAUUCACUACUGAAGAAAUGUUCAAGUUUAGUAGGCCUAUUAUCGGGCCAGCGACCCGGAAUGUGUCAAUUUCCACAUUUCCUAUAAUACGUUCUUUUUCAUCUUCUUCGAUUAACUUGAAAGUGGAUGAUGCUAAAGCGAAGUUGAUGAGAGAACAGAAAUUGCGAGCAAAACAUAGACAAGGACCUGAAUCUCAUCCUUUAUAUAUGACUGUUCCUCAAGCAAUGAGAUAUUUACGUGCAGCAGAAGUGGGCCGUCCAGUUAAAAGAAGUACUGUAUCAAUUUCUAUGACUAUAAUACCAGAAAAAGGUUCAACUCCUAUAUCAGGAUCUGUAUAUCUUCCUAAACCUAUCAAAGAUAAUUUUGUUAUGGUAUUUAGUUUAGAUGAAGAAGUUAUUAAGAAAGCAAAAGAAAUGGGAGCCACAUUAGCCGGAGGUCUUGAAUUAAUCCAAGGUAUAAACGAGGGAACCAUAAAGUUUGAUAAAAUAACACAAGCAUUUGCAACUCCAGAUAUAGUUAAAUCUUUAAAGCCUAUUGCCAGACAAAUUGGUCCAAAGGGUUUAAUGCCAACAGAAAAAAGAGGUACUGUUUCCGAUGAUAUUGCAAGUUUAAUCUCAGAAAGUGUAGGAGCUUUAGCAUUCAAACAAAAGGGUACUGAUUUAUCAAUUGCAAUUGGAAGAUGUGAUUUCAGUGAUGAAGAAAUUAUAAAGAAUUUAAUAGCAGCUUCUACAGCUAUUUAUGCAGCUCAACCACCAGGAACUCCCAAACCAAAUUUAUUUGGUUUAACUCAUAUAUCUUCAACUUUUGGACCUUCUAUAGUUAUAGAUAUCAAACCAUAGUUAAAUCUCUUGUAAAUACAUAAAUAUAUAUAUCGUAC